GUUUUUCCACGCGCGACAGUGUUCGGCGCUAGUUUCAAACACUAAACUCUGCCAUCAGCCAAUAUGGUUCAAGAAUUUCACGUUUUAAGAUGCUGUGGUUGUGAAACAUUCCAGGUUCAGCAGGUUAAAAAAGCAAAAAAAUGGAACUGCAAGAUGUGUGGGGAGAAACAAUCAGUCAUCAAGGAGUAUGGGCGUGGUACUGGGGCAGACUGCAGACGUCACGUCCAGAAGCUCAACAGCCUGAGAGGAGAGCUGCUGGAGGAGGAGAAUGAGAAUGCCUGGUCGCGAUGGGAGGAAGACGAGGAGUGUGAGUACAACCAAGAAGACAAAGGCCUCCCCAGUGAACCCCAUCAGGGUGAUGGAGAAAGCCGUUGGAGUAAGUAUGUUGAGACAGCGGCAGCCGUUGAUGAUGAUGAUGAAGAGGAAGGAAACAUUUACACUGAGAGCAAGCGGUUUGGCAGACAGAGUAACAUCAGAAAGAGAAAGAAAGGCAGAGGUGCCAAACGAGGCUUUGGUUGCCGUGGUGAUGAUGAUGAUGAGGAGGAGGAUCAGGUAGAAGUGGCUGGUCCUUGGAAACGUGACAAAGGCCACAAACAGGCACCAGCACACUUAAGGUCAGUAAACUCGUCGGCUGCGUGGGAGGAUAAUGGGUUUUCCACCCCUUCCUUCCACCCCAAUACUCCAACCCCUUUUGCGGCCAGCAAACCUCUACCCAGCGGAGUCCCUUCCCGAAAUGUCCCUGGAAACCAUCACGGUACCAGCCUAUCAACAGAGCCCAAUGCCAGUAGACCGACUGGCCUAGUAGCUACACAGAGACCUCUGGGAAACAAUAGAGAGGCUGACUCAUUCGCACCCCGCCCAGUAACCAAGGUGAGUCAACCCGAGAACAAGUCCUCCAAGUGGGCCAGGUUCAUAACCUCACCCGACCUGGCACAGGAGGACCAGGAGGAGAGUGCACAUGAUGGAGACUCCCUCUGGAGUGGCACAGACGAGGGCUCAGAGAAAGUGUGGUCUGUGCCGGGCUGUCAGGACUCGGACUCUGCAACAGGACGUAAGGAGCGCAACAAUUCUAAGACUACCCUCGAAAAGACUUCACAUUCCAGCGGCCUGUUUGGCGGUGUGCCAGGGCGGGCCAAUCACUGCGGUGUGGCAGAUAAGAUAAAGUCUGCAGCUGCCUGCUUUGGGUUUGUGAGCACAACCAAUCAGAUGGCAAGCCCCACUUUCAGCACUCGCCCUAUUGGCCAGGAAAUGCCAGUCUGUCAUCAGCCCCCGCCUGCCAAAAGACCUUGCCCAGGCCUUGCCGUGAGCUCCCUUUUUCAAACUGAUGAAGACUUUGAUUACACAUUUUAAACACUAGUUUGUUUGACUGUUUGUUUUCGCAACAAUGUCUGUGUGUGGGUUGUUUGUCUUCAUAACAGUGUCAGUCUGUUUUUCAUUGUGGUAGUAAUGACUCAUUUUCAAUAAUCUGUAAAUCCUUGUUAAUGACACAAAAUCCCUUUCAUGAUGAUGCAGCAAUAAAAUGAACUACUAAAAA